AUGGCCGCCACGCAUCGCAUUGCCACCAUUCAAUGGCAUAUCAAGGAGCUUGAUGUCGAGUACAAUCACACGAAGGCAUGCAACUACAUCCGUGAGGCCGCUGCCCAAGGCGCCGAGCUAGCCGUUCUUCCAGAAUACCAUCUCAGCGGCAUGGUCCCCACAGACCCCCGUUGGGCAGUCCAAGCUAGCGAAUCCCCCCAGUACCUAUCAAAGUACCAAAGUCUGGCCAAGGAACUGCAAAUCUGCAUCGUACCGGGUUCAAUGAUCGAAAAGCACACCAGGCCCGACCAAUCAAUCAUCUUCUACAACACAGCAUUCUUCAUCUCAAAUGAUGGUACUGUGCUCGGCUCCUACAACAAAAAGAACAUCUGGUAUCCGGAACGGCCCUACCUCACCUCAGGCUCCGAACCUCAUACGGCAAUAGACACACCGAUCGGUCGUGUGGGAAUGCUGAUCUGCUGGGAUCUAGCAUUUCCCCCGGCAUUCCGGGAAUUGAUCCGUGAUGGGGCGCAGAUUGUGAUCGUGCCUACAUACUGGACCCCCCACGAUGCCUCCCCCGAAGCGCGCGCGUAUAACCCGGAUUGUGAAGCCCUGUUCGUCGACUCGAUCAUUACAUCCCGCUGCUUCGAGAAUACCUGUGGUAUUGUCUUCUCCAACGCUACGGGGCCGGAGGAGGAUUUUUUGGGCAUGUCGCAGAUUACACUUCCCCUUACGGGGCCGAUUGCCAAGAUGGGGACUGAGGAGGGAUUCGUCGUUGCCGAUUUGGAUACCGAGGUUAUUGCGACCUCGGAGAAGAACUAUAAAGUGCGACAGGACCUGAGUAGCGAGCAUUGGCACUAUGCUUAUGCGCAUACCAAGCAGGAGUAG